CAUUCCAGAAGCGUCCUCUGGGAAGGUAAUAUAUACAGAGCGCCGGAUGCGGGCUCUUCACUCACGUUGCGAAUCGUCAAUCGAAGAACUUCUUCUCUGUCCUACGAAGAGAUUUUUACAAAGCGAAUUUUUACCAAGCGAACAAAGAAGAAAGAAAAGCAAAGAUGGCUAAAGCACCUGCAGUUGGUAUUGAUCUUGGCACUACUUAUUCUUGUGUUGGCGUAUUCCAGCAUGGAAAAGUAGAAAUCAUCGCUAAUGAUCAAGGAAAUCGUACAACACCUAGCUAUGUUGCAUUUACGGAAACUGAACGAUUAAUCGGCGAUGCUGCCAAAAAUCAAGUUGCCAUGAACCCCAACAACACCAUUUUCGAUGCCAAACGCCUUAUUGGUCGUCGUUUUGAAGAUCCCACUGUUCAGGCUGAUAUGAAGCAUUGGCCCUUUACCGUUGUAAAUGAUGGUGGCAAGCCUAAGAUUCAAGUAUAUUACAAAGGAGAGGCGAAGACUUUCUUCCCCGAAGAAGUGAGUUCAAUGGUCCUGGUAAAGAUGAAGGAAACAGCUGAAGCAUAUCUGGGAAAAACUGUCAGUAAUGCCGUGAUCACUGUACCUGCUUACUUCAACGACUCGCAGCGUCAGGCAACUAAGGACGCUGGUACCAUCUCGGGCUUAAACGUUUUACGUAUUAUCAACGAGCCCACCGCUGCCGCCAUUGCUUAUGGCUUGGAUAAAAAAACUACCAGCGAACGCAACGUCCUUAUCUUUGAUCUUGGUGGUGGCACCUUUGAUGUCUCAAUUCUAACCAUUGAAGAUGGCAUUUUCGAGGUCAAGUCAACAGCAGGAGAUACCCAUCUUGGCGGCGAAGAUUUUGAUAACCGUAUGGUCAAUCAUUUUGUACAAGAAUUCAAACGCAAAUAUAAAAAAGAUUUGACUGCAAAUAAACGCGCUCUUCGUCGUUUGAGAACAGCUUGUGAGCGUGCGAAACGCACUUUGUCUUCGUCUACUCAAGCUAGCAUUGAAAUUGAUUCGCUCUAUGAGGGAAUCGAUUUUUAUACAUCGAUCACCAGAGCUCGAUUUGAAGAACUCUGUGCUGAUCUCUUCAGAGGAACACUCGAGCCAGUAGAAAAAUCAUUACGCGAUGCUAAAAUGGAUAAAGCUCAGAUUCACGAUAUCGUUUUGGUUGGUGGAUCCACGCGAAUUCCUAAGAUUCAAAAACUUCUGCAGGACUUCUUCAAUGGAAAGGAAUUAAAUAAGUCUAUCAAUCCUGAUGAGGCUGUAGCAUAUGGAGCUGCUGUGCAAGCUGCCAUUCUUCAUGGUGACAAAUCUGAAGAAGUACAAGAUCUAUUACUUCUUGAUGUAACACCUCUAUCUCUUGGUAUUGAAACUGCUGGUGGUGUUAUGACUGCUCUUAUUAAGAGAAAUACUACCAUUCCAACAAAGCAAACUCAAACCUUCACUACAUAUGCUGAUAAUCAACCAGGAGUAUUGAUUCAAGUCUAUGAAGGAGAACGUGCUAUGACAAAAGAUAACAAUCUAUUAGGUAAAUUUGAGCUCAGUGGCAUUCCUCCAGCUCCUCGAGGAGUUCCUCAAAUUGAAGUCACCUUUGACAUUGAUGCCAAUGGUAUUCUCAAUGUCUCUGCAGUUGAUAAAUCUACUGGUAAAGAGAACAAAAUCACUAUUACCAAUGAUAAAGGCCGUCUCAGCAAAGAAGAUAUCGAAAGGAUGGUCAACGAAGCUGAGAAAUAUCGUAGCGAAGACGAAAAACAAAAGGAAACUAUCGCUGCUAAGAAUGGUCUUGAGUCUUACUGCUUCAACAUGAAGAGUACAGUGGAAGACGAGAAGUUGAAGGAUAAAAUCAGCGCCAGUGACAAACAAGUUGUACUGGAUAAAUGCAAUGAUAUCAUUAAAUGGCUCGAUGCUAACCAAUUAGCUGAUAAAGAAGAAUAUGAACAUAAACAGAAAGAAUUGGAAGCUAUAUGCAAUCCUAUUGUCACAAAAUUGUAUCAGGGUACUGGUGGGAUGCCUGGUGGAAUGCCUGGUGGAAUGCCUGGUGGCUUCCCAGGAGCUGGUGGCGGUGCUCCUGGUGGUGGUGCAUCUGGACCUACCAUCGAAGAAGUCGAUUAAAUCGAUUACUCGCUUGCCACUGCCCUCUCCAUGAUUUAUUCCGAUGCAAAGGAUAACAACUUCAAGAACAUAGAAUUAGACAGCUUCGGUCUUUCGUUCCUAAAUAUAUAAUUUAUCUAGAUUUUAUAAUUUUUUUUAUAUCAUUGUAAAAAUCACUUCUGAUUUAUUUAUUUUGUUCUACUGUAAAACUAGACAAAUAAUUUAUUUCAUUAGUAAUUUCCUACAGAUUAUAAUAAACGUAAAAAAAAAAAAAACUAUUGUACUUAUAUUUUGAAAAUGUGGAUAAAAAAGAUCAGUUGUUAGUUUUCUAUGUUCAAAAAACUAUGAAAAUAUAAAACAAUCCCUGAAAUACAA